AUGAGUAGGAGAGACAAAGGGAGAAAGAAGAAAGAACAGCUCUUAGUGGUGGAUGAGAAUGAAAGUCCAAAUGAGACUUUAUUUGAUCGGAAAGUUUUAAGAUCUAGGUCUGUUGAGCGUGGAAUUGCAAGAACUUUUCUAGGGAUUUUUAGCGAAUCUCAAUUGGGUUUAGGAACUGCACGAGUUACAAAGAGGAGGCAAACCCAAGGUGCCCUCUAUGAACCAUGGUUGAACAGGUGGUGGGCAAGACGACAUUAA